AUGUCGGAAGCAUCUAUGGAAACAAUUGAUGGCCUCGUCAAAUGGGGUGCUGAGAUAACGGAAGAGUCUUUCUACGCGGCUAUCGAUCGAGGGGAUCCUGCCGUGCUUCAGUUGAUGGUCGAAAACGGUUGGGACGUCAAUUCCACGGAAUAUGGACCCACAGCACUUGAAGCAGCCGUUGAGAACGAAACGUUACUCCGUUGGCUACUCGCACAUGACGCGAACCCAAACGCAGAGGCCAAGCGAAAACCCGGCUUCAGUGCCGAGCGCUCCACUCCGCUAAUUGCGGCGGUCAAGCUCUCUGAUCCCUCUCCGGCUAAGAUGCUGUUGUCUCAUGGGGCUGAUAUGGACCCUUUAGCGAUGUUUGCCGCUAUCAGUGAUCACGACUGGUCUAGAGGCACGGCGACUCUAGAACUACUGAUUGAACAAGGCGCAGACAUCAACUAUCCCACAGAGAGAUGGGGUUCACCAUUGUGUCACGCCGUUCAUUGGGUCAAGGAAGAUCAGCUGGAAGUUCUGCUGAGACAUGGCGCAGACACAUCUUAUCGUGACAUCCGCGGUCAGACAGCAGCAGAGUACGCAAGGGAAAUCGAGCAACCUGAGUUGGCUGCCAUCAUUGAUGCGGCUUCCAGCACUGCUGUUCCUUGA